UGAUUGACUAAACAAGUGGAAACAUAGUGGAAAUUUUCAUUCCGACAAAGAGAUAAAGAAACGCGUCAAAACCAAAAGUUCCAAACACAUGUUGUAUUUUUCUAGUCAAAGUCAAAAAGGCAACACGGAAGGUUACAUGAAACUUACGCACCAGAACCAAACGGUGAUGAUGUAACUUGUGAUAUCUAUCAUCUAUCUUUCCUCCUCCUCAUUUUCAUUGUUGAACAUAGGAAGAUGUCACUCAUAAUUAUUGGUGCUGCUGCAUCCACAGGAUCAUCAAGGAUAAGCCUUGUGCAGGUGGUGUUGGUAAUAAUGAUAUUGCUUCUUCUCCUAUACUGUGAAAGUUGUAGCUGCAGCCAGCAACAAGUGUGUUCUCGUUCGUGCGGGGUUCAUAACAUAACACACCCUUUCCGGCUGAAGGACGAUCCGAAAGCGUGUGGUGACUCGAGGUACGAUCUAAUCUGCGAGGCCAACCAAUUGAUGUUGCAUUUGGGAAUUGGGAAAUACAGAGUAGAGUCAAUUAAUUACAACAACUUCACAAUACGACUAGUGGAUGCCAAUCUUCCACACCUUCAUUACUUACCAAUAACAACAAGUUACUCUUUAGGCCUCUACAAUUUCAGUUUCAACUAUGAUGGACCAUAUCGACUGUAUCAGCAGUCUUGGUACAGUGCCUAUAACAGAUUGGUUAGUUCUAUGUUAUAUGUGAGCUGUCCGAAUGGGGUGGAUUUCUCUGGUGGUGUACAAGUUGAUGACGACGGUGCAGCUUGCUUCAACAGUUCUUCUUCUUGGUAUGGGAAAUCAUUCUACCAUGUCAAUGCCACUGACAAGUCUGUAUGGGAUUUGGGGCUGGGAGACUCGUGUAGUGUAGAGUUUAUGUACCUGACAUCGUGGCAUGAUGAUGAUGAAAGCAUCAACAUUUCAUGUACCAAGAUUCGUGACAUGCUGCUUUAUGGCUUUGAGCUUAACUGGGCAAACAGUCUUUGUAAAGAGGGCCACUAUGCCAAGCUCAAAACGAACCAGUGGCAUUGUCAACGAGGCAGGUUUUAUUUUGGGCUUUAUCAACUUUUGACAAUAUUAGAAUUCAUUGCUUUGCUAUGUGGUGCCAAAUUUGUUCUUGGAGCGCCAUGCUUCGUUGUGUUAUUAAUCUAUAAAUGGCGACGAAGGCAUUUAUCCAUGUACGAUGGCAUUGAACAUUUUCUUCGAAGUGACCAUAACAUCGUGCCUAUAAGGUACUCUUACAAAGACAUCAAGAGCAUAACACAAAAAUUUAAAACUAAACUAGGAAAUGGAGGCUUUGGUUCUGUCUUCAAAGGACAAUUACGAAGUGGUCGUCUUGUAGCUGUCAAGAUGUUGGACAAAGCCAAGACAAAUGGUCAAGACUUCAUCAAUGAAGUUGCCACCAUUGGUACCAUUCAUCAUGUUAAUGUUGUUCAGCUCAUUGGUUAUUGUGUGGAGGGAUCAAAGCGUGCUCUUAUAUAUGAAUUCAUGCCAAAUGGGUCUCUUGAAAAGUACAUCUUUUCUCAUGAAGAGAGUUCUUCUCUAAGUUGUGAGAAAUUAUAUACCAUUUCUCUUGGAGUGGCUCAUGGCAUUGAAUACUUGCAUAAUGGCUGCAACUUGAAAAUUCUGCACUUUGACAUCAAGCCUCAUAACAUUCUUCUUGAUGAGAAUUUCAAUCCAAAAGUUUCUGAUUUUGGACUUGCAAGACUCUGUCCUACAGAUAAUAGCAUUGUGUCUUUGACCGCAGCAAGAGGAACCAUAGGAUACAUGGCACCAGAGCUAUAUUACAGAAAUGUUGGCAAUGUGUCCUACAAAGCUGAUGUGUAUAGCUUUGGGAUGUUACUUAUGGAGAUGGCUAGUAGAAGGAAGAACUUGAAUGCAUUGGCUGAGGAAUCUAGCCAAAUUUAUUUCCCUUUUUGGGUUUAUGAUCGGUUAUGUGAUGGAAGGGAAAUCACAAUUGAAAAUGACACGGAUGAGGAGAUGAAAUUGGCAAAGAAAAUGAUGAUUGUGGCUUUGUGGUGUAUACAGACAAAGCCUGGCGAUCGUCCUCCAAUGGAUAAAGUGUUGGAGAUGCUUGAAGAUCAUGAGGAAUUACAAAUGCCUAAAGAGCCUUAUCUAUAUGCACAAGAUUUACCAGCAGAGGAUGCUAGAGAUUAUAGCAACUCAAGUCCAUCAUCCUCUGAUGGAGUAGACACUAAUGACAGCACAUGAUUUGUAUAUGAACUGAUAUGGGCGUGUAAGCUUAUAGGACGCAUUAAUUCUUUAAGCGUUGAGAACUUAGGAAAUAUGUAUUACUGAUAUGGGCGUAUGUAAUAAUAGGGUGUAUGUAAUAGUAGUGAAAUUCUAGCAAGCGUUGGACAAAUGUUAUACCAAAUGUCUAAGACAUUGAGUA